UUCUUUGCCUUUAUUAGAGGCUGUCAGGAUCAUAUCUGCUCUGACAGAAGUUUGAAGCUUUCUAGGUGUGACACCAAAGAAAACAGCUGUUGACGCUUAUGGCAUUCGUGCCCUUCUCCUCCUUCAACGCUGAACACAGAGCACCACCAGCUGGUUUGGACUGCAUCUCUAUUACCUGACACCUUAUCUGGUGCGCGACUUCCUCCAGGCAUCAAGACGACUCCCUGCCGUCUUCAAGAUGGUGCAUCCACUUGGCGGCAGCAGCCCGGUUCUUCUCCUCUGUGGUAGGUCCCCUGCCUUAAAGAGGCGAAGAGGGGAGGGACGAACGACCCCCUUGAAGCAAAAGGGAAGGCAGAAUCCAGUAGCAUUUUCCAAAUCAAUUGGCUGUUAACUCCAUUAGCUCCACGUAUUAGGUGAGGGAAUAUAAUUCCAAGCCCACAGAUUAGGGACAAACCCAAAGAAUGUGGAAUGGCGUUUGGAGUCACACAUCUCAGCCUGAAGAGCUGAACAAUCUUGUUCCCUUAAAGAUCACCCAGUUUUCGGAAUGGACUGGGGAUGGGUAAGGAGAAAGUAUCCUGUCUGUGAACUGCCCCCAGAUCUCAUCUGUUGGGGCUAAAAAUGCCAGAGAAUUUUCUGAAAACACAUGGAGUUCCACCUGCAGGCUGGACUGCAGAGCAGUGGAAUAAAAGAGAAUUCCUGGAGAAAUAAAUGUUUAUCAAAAACAGAGGAGAUAGCCAAUGCCCUAGAAGACAGGCACAGAUUUCAAAAAGUUCUGGGUGGGCCAGAAAAGCAAACUCAGAACAACAGAGGGAUACAAAAUCCAUCAUUCAGGAGACAGAAAGCGAUGCCCAGGGAUGGGAUGGUGGUGCCCCCUUUGUAAAAAGGGUUCUGGAAUAGCCUGGGAUGGCAAUUCAGGGGGGUAUUGCCAGGAUCUUGACCUUGCUUUCAGUUCUUGUCUUCGCAAGUGCCAAUUUGCUCCAGUUUGGGAGGAUAAUCGAACGCUUAACAGGAAGACCCCCGCUGAUUUACAACGGGUAUGGCUGCUACUGCGGAUUGGGAGGCUCCAGGCAGCCAAUGGACGCCACGGACUGGUGCUGCCGAGUCCAUGACUGUUGCUAUCAAGCCAUGAAGCAGCGUGGCUGCAAGCCCAAAAUAGAGAAGUAUUCGUACGCCAUCAAGAAAAACACCGUCCUUUGUGGUGGGAAAACCGACUGCCAGCGGGAAACCUGCAAGUGCGACAAAGCUGCCGCCCUCUGCUUCCGCAGCGCCACUUUCCAGCACAGCCUUGUCGGCUACCCAAACAUCUGGUGCAGAGGCCGCACCCCGCCCUGCGAGGAUCUCUGCCAAAGCUGCGCUCCUCCGUCGGCCAGCUGAUCCUGCCCCUUCCCGUGUCGUGGUGCCAGCCGGGCCGAGUUAGCCAGCCACACCGCCGCUUACACCCAAAUCGCCCCAUCCCUGUAUUCUCUGCAUCUCUGGAUCACGUCUUCUUGUCCAAUAAAGGAUGCCCUCCGAGUUUUCAGUUCCUUUUGUAGUAUUUAUAUGGCACCACUCAUGGUAUCCAAAAAUAUUAAGGGGUUCCCUUGUGGGGUCGCACGGUGAGGGAGGCAGCAAGGAAACCCCUUAGUGUUUUUGGAGCAAGCUGAGAGCGCAAAGCUGCGCUCAGGGUCUCAAGCGCUUUCUGCCAUUUGCCAUGGGGUUGAGAAAAAGCGAUUUGCCCUGGCCCUCUCGACUGCCGUGGGAUGAAAGGCUGUCCUCAGAGAGCGGGCAUGUCACAAAUCUGCCCUAAUCUGGCUCAGGACUGGUCCCCAGAGUGGCCAGUCAGAUGCCCUCAGCAAUCCCCAAAUCAGCACACGGAUGCUCAUGUCCCCUGGCCACUAUACGCUUGAGGCACAGUGCUUCUGAGCCUGGAAGAUCAGCCCAGGAAGGACAGCGAAAAAGCCAGGAACAGAACCCUGGUGGGAAUAGCUGGGGUCGGCCACUGACCUGGAAAAGCCAGGUUUUACCGUAUUUCAUUGAAAGGCGAAGCCUGAGAUCCUGCGGGCUUUGCAGGAAAGUGGUCCACAUUCUGGGAUGCUCGUGGUACAGAAAAGUCCCCUCUGCCUCUCUUGGCUGAACCCAGGAAGCCAUUUCACCCCAACGUCUGCAGGCCGAGCCAACUCAGCAGCAGCUGGGGGGGGGGGGAGCGUGUCUCUGGAAAAAAAACCCUCCCCAAAUGGUUGCUUCUUCCCGCAGACAAUCCCUGAAGCCCCAACAUUGCUCUGCCAAGCCAGCCUUUCCCAAGAGAGCAGCCCUCACGUGAAGCCUUACCCACCUCCAGCCACCCCCCGAGAGAACCGAGGCAGAUCGGGAGGCACAGCUUUGCCAGCCGGUCCCAGGUUGCCCCUCCGCCUGCCCUCGCCGGCCCCCAGCCCCCUUAAGCUUCGGGGCAAGAGCCCCCGUCUCCCGUUUAACCCUGCAGCAAUCGAGGAAAAGAGAAAGCCCGCAGUCUCUCCCUGUGUUGACGGAAUGAAGGAACCUGCCAGGAACGCAAGGAGGGGGAUUCGAG